AUGAAGGCCAUCGGCAGCCAGAACCCGACGAGCGGGCAGAUGCUCGAAGGCAUGGUCAACGAAGAAGAUGUUGCGUGUUCGUCGACAGUGUUGCCGGAGCAUGCCAUUAAACCUACAGGCCUCCGCGUUAAAGCGCCGCACAGGAAGCCAGUUGGGCCGUCCCCGGCGACGGUUCACGGUGCGCGGGAGCACGAGAGUGGCGUGCACGGUCCGGAUCUCUGGGCGCUCGGCCCCCACGAAAUGCAGAAACUGUUGGUGAGGUCCGUUUUGGAGCGCUGCAUUGGGCUGUUGAAGAGCAGAUUCCGGUGUCUGCAAAGGCACCUGGCUCUGUUUUAUCAUCCCACAACAGCCAUUGUCAUUAUAUCGGCGUGUGCAGUGCUCCACAAUAUUUGCCUUUCAUCGAAGGAGCCAGAACCGGAGCCAGACUCUGACCCUGACAAGCCAGGGUUGGAGUCUGGGCCGAGCUCGGACGGUUCUGAGUCGAGCUCGGAGGGGUCAGCGGCGGAUGACGAGAGGCCGGUUUCCGCCCACCCUCGGGUCAGCCUCUCGGACAGGGGGAGGGCUCUGAGGCAGCGCCUUGUUGCCCAGUUCCAAACCGGCCACAGCCGUGCCGCCCCGGAGCCCCACGCAAGCCACGGUGGCAGUCCCGCCCACCAGGGACACCACCAGCGCCAAGGAGUCCGUCGCCACAACGGAGGUCCCGCCCAUCAGGGGCACCGUCGGCGACAGGGAGCCACUCAUCGUCCUCGCCACGGUGGUACUCCCGCACACCAGGGACGCCACCGGCGACAGCGAACCCUUCGUCGUCCUCACCUCGACUGA